CAGACACGUGUGGUGCGAUGUCGCGGGAGGGCGCGGGGCUCUUCGCCGGCUUCCGAGUGCUCGGCCGCUUCAGCGGGCACGUCCCGCACGUCCUGCGCUACCACGGCCGGCACCGCGAGUUCUACGUGGCCACCGCCGUCGGGCGCAGCGUGCACACCUACAACCGCGCCGGAUGCCCUGGGAAUCGUUUCGCCAAAGUGCACACCGAGGUGAAGAAGCUUGGUAUUGUUUCUGUGAGUAAUGCUUUACCACAAGACAUUACAUGUUUGGCAGCAGAUCGCAUGCUGAUAUUUGCUUCAUACGACAAUAUUCUCCAUGCUUUUGCCAGGAACAAAGAGGUAGUUCAUACCUAUGAAGGUCACAAGGCAAGGAUACACCUUCUACAGCCUUUUGGUGACCAUGUCAUCUCUGUGGAUGUUGAUAAUGUUCUUAUUGUUUGGAAUAUACAGUCAGAAGAAGAGUAUCUUCAAGUGGAUUUUGAUAAAGCCACUUUUGUCGUUUCUGCAAUUCUGCAUCCCAGCACCUAUUUGAAUAAAAUUCUCCUUGGGAGUCAACAAGGAAGCUUGCAGCUGUGGAAUAUUAGAUCCAACAAACUCUUAUACUCAUUUCCAGGAUGGGGCUCCGCGGUCACAACUCUUACACAAGCUCCAGCAGUGGAUGUUGUUGCAGUCGGUCUUGUAUCUGGUCAUAUCAUUGUACAUAAUAUUAAGUUUGAUGAAACUCUGAUGAAAUUCCAACAAGACUGGGGUCCCAUCACAGCAAUAUCUUUUCGUACAGAUGGACACCCAGUAAUGGCAGCUGGCAGCCCAGUUGGACACAUUGCUUUGUGGGAUCUAGAAGACAAGAAACUGAUGUGUCAGAUGCAAGAUGCCCAUUCCACAGCAAUAGCUGGCAUGUCAUUUGUCCCUGGAGAGCCACUUCUUAUUACUAAUGGUGCUGAUAAUGCUCUACAGGUGUGGAUUUUUGAUGGACCUGGUGGUACAGGUCGUGUAUUGAGAAGCCGAAAGGGACACAGUGCACCACCAACAAAAAUCAGAUACCAUGGACAAAAUGGAGAGCAAAUUCUUAGUGCAGGUCAAGAUGGAACAUUGCAGUCCUUUUCAACAGUGCAUGACAGGUUCAAUAAAAGUUUAGGACGUGGUUCAAUUAACAAAAAGAAAUCAAAAAAGAAAGGUCUUAAGCUUGACACAAUGGCACUUCCACCAAUUACAGCCUUUGCUUCUGAAGUGGCACAUCAGAGUGACUGGGAUGGUAUUAUUGCCUGCCAUCAAGGGUAUAUAACCUGUACAACCUGGAACUAUCAGAAAACUUCCAUGGGAGCUCAUAAACUGAGGCCAGAAGAGUUUAGCAAAUACAAGCCUAUUGAUAUAUAUGCAACAGCGGUUGAUAUUACCUCAUGUGGUAACUUUGCUGUGAUUGGCAUGUCAACUGGACAGGUGGAUGUGUAUAACAUGCAGUCUGGCAUUCACAGAGGGCGUUAUGGCAAAGAAAAAGCACAUGAAGGGGCCAUUAGAGGGGUAGCAGUGGAUGGAUUAAACCAGCUGGUAAUCACAGCUGGUAAUGAAGGAUUAAUUAAAUUUUGGAAAUUCAAAACUAAAGAGCUAGUUUACUCCACUGAACUUUCUUCUUCUCCAAGUGCAAUUCUGCUUCACAGAGAUAGUGGUAUUCUGGGAAUUGCUUUUGAUGACUUCAGUAUUAGUGUUUUGGAUAUAGAAACCAGGAAGAUUGUCAGGACAUUCUCAGGACACCAUGGACGGAUUAACGACAUGACCUUCAGUCCUGAUGGUCGUUGGCUAAUAACUUCAUCAAUGGACUGCACCAUUAAGACUUGGGACCUUCCCUCUGGAUGCCUUAUAGAUUGUUUUUUGGUGGACUCUGCAGCUGUCAGCCUUACUAUGUCACCUACAGGAGAUUUUCUAGCUUCAGCACAUGUGGAUGAUCUUGGAAUUUAUUUGUGGUCAAACCGUUCUCUGUAUUCACUUGUGUCAUUACGGCCCCUUCCUGCAGAUUAUGAGCCUUCUUUGGUGACACUCCCUAGCACCUGCCCUGUGCAAGAUGAGGAUAUGUCAGGAGAAGAAGAGCCAUGUGAUGAAAUGAUAGAAUAUGUCUCCCCUGAGCAAUUGGAAGAGCAGCUGGUGACCCUUUCCUCAUUACCGGAAUCAAGGUGGAAAAACCUCCUCAGCCUUGAUGUUAUCAAGAAAAAAAAUAAACCGAGAGAGCCACCUAAAAUUCCGAAGGCAGCACCUUUCUUCAUCCCAACAGUUCCCGGUCUUAUACCCCGAUACAUUCCACCAGAGGAAGAAAAAGAUACACAGUCAAAGGUAGUAAACCUUGGAGUACUGGCACAGAAAUCUGAUUUCUACAUUCAUCUUGAAGAAGCCCUGAGCACUAAUGAAUAUAAAGUUCCACUUGACCUACUGAAAAGGUUGGGACCAUCUAAUAUUGAGAUAGAACUACGGGGUUUGGCCCCUGAAGGUGGUGGCUCAAUGAAGGUGAUGCUGAGCUUUUUGAGAAUGAUUGGGAUGAUGCUGAACAAGAAGUACAACUUUGAACUUGCUCAGGCAUACCUUGCAUUAUUUUUAAAGUUACAUCUGAAGAUUCUCUCGUCGGAGCCAAGCCUAUUGGAGGAAUUAUCCAAAUUGUCAGUGCAGCUCGAGGAAACUUGGAUUCAUUUGCAGACUCUCUUCAAUCAGAGUCUGUGUGUUUUAACAUAUAUGAAAAGUGCUCUACUGUAAAAUCCUUAAGGAUUUUUUCUGCAUAAAAUUUCCCUCAGAAUAAUAAUACAGUUUGUUACCAAAAAUACCAGAUUCCAGUCCUGCUAGGUCUUAGAAUCAUAGAAUCAUUAAGGUUAGAAAAGAGCUCCAAGACCGUCGAGUCCAACCUUUGACUGAAUACCUCCAGGUCCACCAAGCGAUAUCACUAAGUGCCACAUCUACCACAUCUGCAUGAUUUUUUGAAUACUUUCAGGGAUGGUGACUUUAUGUCUUCCCUGGGGAAGCUGUUCCAGUGCUUCUUCUGAUGCUGUAUUUUAUACAUCUGGAUAUGGCAGAGUAUUUUAGAAUGUGCAUAACUGCAUAUUUUUGUUCACUUGAGUUGGAGCAAAAAUUAAUAUGUGCAGCUAUUCAUGUUGUACUGGUUUUUGCUGUCAGUGAGCAGACAGUCAGAUUCAAGGCCAGGUUGGACAGAGCACUGAACAACCUGGUCUGUUGGAAGGUGUCUCUGCCCACGGGAUCAGGUUUGGAACUAGAUGAUAUUUAAGGUUCCUUCUAACUCAAGCCUUUCAAUGAUUCUAUGAUUUUAUGGCUAUAGAUAAUGUAGCUAGUUACCUUAGUCUUUCAUGGCAAAAACUGUAGUCAUGAAAAAAUUACCUGGAAAAAAAAAAGAGGUGGGAAUUUGAUUUCUCUGCAGGAGCCCAAAACCUAUAUUGUGUUUAAUAAAGUUAUUGUUUUUGCAAAAAUAAAAUGUCUGAAUUAUUAACAUUUUAUUAACAUUAGUUUAAAGCAAUUUAAUCUAAAAAUUGUUCUCCUCUGCAAUUAAAACACUUUUCCUAUGAAGUUUAUAAAAAUCAGUCUUUUUCUGACUUUGGCAAGCUGUGUAGCUUGCAGACAUUUGUUUCUGAACACAGAGAUUUCCAGCUGUACUACGACUAUUUGAAGUUUAAAAAACCAAACACCAAACUAAACAAACAAACAAAAAAUUUCAUUCCUUCUUCAUAAUCAGGUUUUUUGGACACUCAGUUUCUUCUGAAAAUUUUGUUUCCUUUCAUAAGAAGAAGAGAUCACCAGAAUAAAAGCUGUGAAUUUUGGGGAAUUUUUAAUUUAAUGAGAUGUGGUUUUUACAAAUUAAUAUUUAGAUUUCAAACAAUAAGAUUUGGAUAUUGUCUGGAAACUCAUGAGUGAAAUUAUCUUUAACUUUGCAUUUUGAGAGUACUUCCUCACAGCAGAAGAAUCUCCUGAACAAGGCCUUUGGUGUAUUUCACAUGCUUCAGCUACCUACACAGACUAACAGAAUAACUAAUACAAAUGUAUGCAAUUUCAAUGGGUAAACUUCAAAGAUGGGUUCAUUGCAUUUGGCACAAGACUGAAACAAGAGUGUGGUUUUGUUGUGCUGUGUAUGUGAUUUUUUUUUUCAAUGCUAUCACAUAUAACUUGUUUUAGUUAUGUAUAUUGGAACAAAUUAUCUGCAAACAAACAAACACACACAGAAUAAUCAGAGAAUCAUAGAAUGGUUUGGGUUGGAAGGGACCUUAAAGAUCAUCUGCUGUGGGCAGACACCUUCUUCUAGACCAGGUUGCUCAGGGCCACAUCCAGACUGGCCUUGGACACUUCCAGGGGUGUGUUGUCCACAAGUUCCCUGGGUAAUUUGUUCCUGUGUCUCACCACCCUCACAGGGAAGAAUUUCUUGCUAUUACCCAAUCUGACCCUACUCUUCUUGAGUCUAGAGCCAGCCCCCUAGUCUGAUCACUACAGGCCCUUGUAAAACCCCCUGAAGCUGUGUUGUAGCCCCUUUUAGCUACUGGAAGCCUGCUAUUAAGGUCACCCUGGAGCUUCCUCUUCAGGCUGUACAAUCUCAAUUCUUUCAGCCUUUCCUCAUAGGAGAGGUGUUCCAUCCCUUCAGUCAUCUUCACGAUCCUCCAUUGGACUUGCUUUGACAUGUUUCCCUCUCAGCAGUCAGUGGGAGCUUCGGCAGACUGCCACAACUUAAUCAAAUAUGGUGAGUAGUGGCUUAGCCAUUCACUCACCAGCUUCUCUGUGGUGUCCUGGUUGUUCUUUAUCCAUAACUUUGCCUCACAUAAAAGCUUGAAGGGAAUGGCAGAAUAUUAUAGAAGUUUCCAGACUGGCAUUCUAGCCAGUUAGGACAGAGAAUGUGAAGUCAGUGGGAAUAAUGAACACCUGAGGGUUUCUUACGAGGUUUACUCUGGAGAUUUAAGAAAAUCCUUUAUACUAUGCAAAUUAUUAGCUACUGGUGAUAAGGUCCUCAAGAAGCCAUUGCUUCCAUUUUCAGGAAUGCAUCUGAAGCAGUUCAAAAUCCCUCAAUGUAAUAGAUAAUAAACCUCUGAACUUAUAGGCAUUAUUAUAACUAAUUUAGAUCUUAAAGAAUUAUUUUCUGAACAAAGAAUAUUAAAAGUAAUUCAUUGUCUCCUGACUUGCCCCAGUGGAAGAAGGAACAGUAGAUAAAGAACUUUCCUCUUGGAUCAGAGUAAGGGUCUGUCAAGCCUUGUACCCUGUCUCUGGCUGCAGCAAGGAAUAAAUGCAACGGGUUUAGCAAGCUGGUCAUAUAUAAAGAGGCCUUUCUCAAGCACGUCACAGCACCUUCAGCAAACAGCUAUUUAGAUACUUUGUGACCCAGCUGUAGCCCAACAGUUGUGUUUAAUGUUCUGUGACAGACCUGUUUGUUCUCUCUGGGUUCAUCUAAUCUCUUUUAGAACCCAUUUAUCCUUCACUACAUCCUGUAGUAAUGGGACCUGCAAUUUAAUUAACAGAAGUAAUGUGUUUCUGUUCAUAUACUCCAGACCUGCUGUCUUCUAAUGUUACAUACCCUUCCUACUUCUUGAAUGUGAGGAAUAUCAGUUGUGCUCUAGUCUUCCUGAUUUACAGCCUCUCCACCACAGAGCAGUGGUGAAAGAGUUUCUAUUCAUGAAGGAAAUACUUCAUGUUACUCAGUGCACGCAUGUUUUUUCACUGGCAUACAAAAACCGUCUUUGGGCACAGUUGUUUAAAUCUCUAUGUACAAGAAAGAUUUGUCUACAAAAUUUGUGUGAAUUGUAGAGGAGGGAGGUUUUUUUAGUUCUUUUUUUCAUGGUGUACUUGAUGUAAUCAUAAGAAAAAAGGCAUACUCUGCCAGACAGGCCAUUCUUCUGAAAGCAGAAAAGGUAAUUUUUGUGAACAAUGUAUUCAUAACACAGUUGACAUAGUAUUUGCGGUCUGGAUGAUCUCAUUAAAUAUGUUUAAUUCAGUUUCUUAUACCAUACCUAGAUGUGUUUUAAGUCUUCCUGGAACACUUCAAUUGUUUCCUUCAGAAAACAGUGCUUAGAUGUGAGUGUUGUCCCACCUCCUUUAUUCUUUUGUCUUUUUCUCAGCAUUCCUAGUCAUCACUGCUAUUUCAGGGAUGUUUGGCUAUUUUUAGAACUGUAGAGUCUUACAUUAAUAGCUCUGAUUGCUUCUUUUUCUUGGCCUUUUAUUUUGUCCAUUUUAUUCCACAUCAAAACGAUGAACAACUUUUUGCCAUUAGUAAAUAACUUUUUCAGAAAUAAAAAAUAAAUUCCACCUGCUAGUGGAUGAAAGUGGGUAUUUUACCUGCUACUUCCUGUAUUUUUCCUUCACCUGAGACAUCAACGACAAUAUCUUGUGACAUAGUCAGAAGUUGUUGAUUACAAGUGGUAAGACGUGACAAUUCAAUUUGAUAGUUUGGGCUUUGCAUUACACAUAAGAACUCAUUUAGUCUGGUGCUUGUAGUGGCAUAUGCAAUGGGGUGUGGGAAAAUCAUUAGCUGGAUUAAGGAAUAUAGUAAUUAACUCUAGGUUUUCUUCUGAACAGGGUAACUACUGAAGAUUUUAGCAUUCUUACACAAUGCCAAGCCCAUCUUAAGCCAGCUCUGACUAGCAGCUUGCUGUUAGGAUUCUGCAGUAUAUCUGUAUGUCACAGCACACCUUCCAGCUUUAUCUCAAGUCUGUUACUCGCCUGUGCCUGCCUGUGUCCCUGUGCUUCGUUUUCACCACGGUCUUGGCUCUUGUGGCUUCUGAAUGUAGCUGCUGCUCUUGGCAGCUCCUGUUAGCAGCAGUCCUGUGAAGUUAGGCAUCAGAAUACUACAUGAGUUUAGCUAUUCAUCCCUCCUACUAGCACCCCAAACUCUUCUUAAGGGUUAGUGAGAUUCAUAUGUCUCAGAAGGAUUUUUGUAAACAUAGCUUACUGGAAAAAUUGGUUAUGACACUCUUUUCUUGCAACCAGUAAUGUUCCUGCUGCUUUGGAAAUGUUCCACCUCUUUGGCAUGACUGGAACUGAAAAGUCACCAGCCUGUUGUAAUGCAACAUGUCCUGUGCAGCAAAGGCUAAAGCCCAGGUAAAUGUGUUUUCAGAGUGUGUCAGAUUACAUUUUCUGUUGAACGUUGGGUUUGAUCACACAGAGUUGUGUAGACAGUCGUUCUUCACCUUCUUGAUUAACCUUUGUGUUUGCCCAUUGCUUUGGGUUGAUGAAAGGAUGAAGGAUGAUUGCCCAGUUCUCUUUGAAGAAUUCAAUUUCAACAAAAUCAAGAUAAAUGUAAGCUAUUUCAACAGUGCUUACAUCAGUGCCUAAUUGAGAUGGUUUAUUCAUGGUGCUAGAGAAAACAGCACCAUCUGUACAGAAAUCCCUGCAGCUCCCUUCAUGUGGGUGGGGAAGGACGACAACCCACUGGUGCAUAUGGAAAGGGCAGAAAUACUUCAUACCUUUUUUUUUUGCUUCAGUCUUCACAGGCAAAGACUGCUUCUGUUUUCUGUGAACACCACAGAAGGAAAGGAGUUGCCAGUAACAGGGAAGAAAUGAGAAAGAUUUAAGAGCAUAGUCACCUUAUAACCGUGGAACUCCACACAUGAACUUUUACACAAAUGCUGUCCAAUAUUAUAGCAUUGCCCAUCAGCUUUAACACAGUUGUAACACAGGAGGUCCUGGCAACUGGAUUGAGGCUGUAGUGUCCACCUUUAUAAAAGGUGAACUGGAACAUCUGGGAAACUCUUGCUUGAUAAAACUUAUCUCAGUGUCCAAAAAAAUCAUGGAGCAUAUGCUGCAUAUGCUUUUGGAAUCCAUCUCUAGUACACAAAUGGUAAGAUGAGGAAGAACAACCUGCAGAGAGUCAUGAGGGCAAAUCAUGCUCGACCAAGUUAAGUUGCCUUCUGGGAUGAAAUGGCUGGUUAGGUGGACAGAGGAAGAGCCAUGAAUUUAAUGAUAAAAUUCUGUGCAAGUACAGCAGUCUGUAAUUACUUUAUCAUAGUCAAUUAUGUGUGAAUUGCUACUCUUAAAGUCGACAGGCAUGCAUCCAGUUAAGAUUUUGAAAAUUAUAGUGCUUGUUUAUUGCAGUUUAUGGGCCAUGAACCUUUUAUAUUGUGAGCUGACUUAAGUGUCAUGUUGGGUCUAUAGCACAGAGGUGUGAAUUACUUUUGCAGUUCCCCAGUAUAAUUUGCAUUACAGAAAUUAAUUUAGCCACGUUCUAAUUAUGCCUAAUGCAUGAUUAUUUUGUUUAAUAUCCCGUAACAAAGAAGCUCAAUAAAUUAGACACAGAAUGUAGCAUAACGCUAAUGGCAUUGCAGAGAUUUGCAAUGACAUGUAGAAGAAUUAGACAUGCCUAGAAAUGUAUUUCUGGAGCAAGACUCUGCUACUUAGGCUUUGAGACAGCAGGAAUCUCAAAAUUGUACAAGAAACAGACUGGGAUGUAUCUUCUCAGGAGCCGGGGACUUAGUGUGAUUAAAUCUCAUUUCUUAGCAAGGAAAAUGUAUGAGGUGACUUAAAAAACCUGUGCAAUCAGAAGAAAGAAAAUUGUCAGUCCUCAGGAAGAGAAUGGGGAAAAAAAUCAAUCAACCAUUAGAAGUAAAAUAAUGGAGUAAACUUUAAUCCUAAGGGAUAAUGAUACUGAAAGCAGUGUGUGCUAGUGAAGGCAUACCGUAUUAGAUUCUCUGCUUCAUGUAUAUAAGAAUGAUUUUAACUGAGUCUAGUACCUGGCAUUUAAAGAUUAAAACUUGAUUAUAGCAUACAUUUGUAAACAGACUGUUUUGGCAUAACUGAGAAGGUGCUUUUCUUCUGUAACAUGCCAUUUUCCUUCAUGCUGAAAAGAGAGGCUUUGAAAAUCUGGUAAAUUUUCUUCAAGUGGAACCAUAGCACAUCUUAGAUACUCAUUCCUUAUUUAUCAUCUUGAUAUGUUGGGGGGAGGAAAUCCUGGAGCCACAGAUCAUCACAGAUGUUAUCACUAGUCUUAAGGUAACUCACCUUUAUCACUCCAAAUCCAUUUAAGACUCUGGACUAAGAAAGGCAGAUGGAGUUCUGGGAUUAUCAGAAGUUGGCCCUGUGGGUUGAUACUCAACUUAAACAUGGUCUGUGAGUCCUUGGUAUGCCUGGUCAGCCUAAACACGGACAUAAUGUGGUGACCGUGGCAUGAAAUGAAAAUGGUUCUGAUAAUAAGAUUAAUCUAACCCCAUUUGAAUUAAUCUGUAAAGAGUUGUGGGCUCAUGCCUUGGAGUGGAGUGUCAAUGUUCAGCUGAAUGCUGAUGCUGGAGAAGGAGCUAAGCCCAAAAUGUGAUAGAAAAUUCUUACCAUCUCAGAGUGUUCCAUCAGUAAGAGAAUGGUCACAGCAGCCUCUCUGAAGUUCACCUUUAACACACUAGCCCAGAUUUGUUUGCUAUUCUGGUUUAAAUACUUUUAAAGUACUGGUUACAGCCCUAACAGAGAUGCUAUGGUCUAGGUAACUAUUAGGCUGUGCUAGCUGUCUGCUUUUAAUAACUGUCAGCCCUAAGUGAACUGUCAAUUAAAAUGACAGAUUCCUGUUGAUUAGAGAUAUCUGCAGUGAAUCCCUAGUCACUGACAAGAAACAGGCUUCUACACUACAAGAUGAUCUGCUGAAUAACAGGAAAUUUUUUUUUUUUUGUUAUAAGCCAUAAAUUAAUUUACUGUCUUUCCAUAAGAAAAUAUUAUGUUAUUUUGAAAAGUGAUUGGGGUAAAAGCUUUAAAUGAGACUUUUGGAAAACUUAUGUGAGAUUGCUAAAUCCUUGAAUUGUAGUUAAUCAGGACUGAGAACUACAUUCAGAAAAGUUGUGUAACUGUUUUCUGUGCACUGGAGAACAUUAAACAAAAUAAUUCACUGCCUUUAAAUAGAAGAGGACAACUGACAGUUUCAAAUGAUGCUCCAGCCUCCUGUUCUGUUGAAAUUAGUCUACGUGGCCACAGACUUUACCUCCCACAAAUAUUAACCUAACUAGGUAUUGGAAACACGUAUAGAUAGCAACAGACAAAUGAAAACAGAUUUAAAAUCUAAUAAAAUAUACAUUUUUGUGCUUAAGAGUAUUGUGUAAUUUUUCUCCUUUUCCAGUCAGCUUUUACUUUUUUUCCAAAAAGACAUUUAGCUAUAACAAUUAUCCUCCCAAAAACAGA